AUGCAUCAAAUAAAUGAUCCUUUUUAUGCUACAAUUCUUAAUAACAUGCGUAAUGGAUACCUUACAGAAGACCAACGAACGGCUUUACGAUCGAGAAUUCUUGGUAAUAAUUCUAUUAAUAGUCAAGAAUGGAAAAAUGCUGUCUUUCUUGUAACAAGAAAUAAUUUUCAUGUUCUCUUAAAUUUAAAUGCGACAAUAGAAUAUGCACAACAAAAUAAACAACUCCUAAUCUAUUUUUGCACAGAAGAUUCAUACAAUAGAACGAUACUUAUUAGAAAAAUUCAGCAAAGUUUUUUGUCAACAUCUGACACCAAAGACAAUGCUCUCUGUAGCAUCCUGCCACUAUCAAUCAACAUAAAGAAGAAUGUAAAAAAACUUGACUUUUGGAAAGUUUGCACUUGUCAAGACAAGGAUAUGAUGGAUAUUGAUAUGAAUCAAGGUGAAACAUUCGAUGAAACAUUCGAUGAAACAUUAGAUGAGUCAAAUGAUCAGUUGACAUUAAAUCAAGCAAUUGAAAUAUUAUCAAUUGCAGAAAAACAAAUGAGAUUAAUGUUAAGGAGAUGGAAU